CCACUCUACGCAUACGUAAAUACGCUUACAUACGUAAAUACAACUUCUACGCAAACAACGCUUACGUACAAGAAUUGCUGAAAUUAGGGCAUUGUUCUAAGAAUACCCGGUCUACCCACUGAGGAGCUGCUCCAGCCAGUGAGUUGCAAUCAGCCGAGCCGCUAUUCUGCUAAUAACCAUACAGACUGAACGUCUACAAUGGCCUCCUGCUCAGCUAAGCACUCGAAGGAACCAAACUAUCCAACAACUGAACAACUAAACAUCUGAACAACUAAACAACUGAACAACUAAACAACUGAACAAGAACAUCUGAACAUCUGAACAACUGAACAAGAACAUCUGAACAUCUGAACAACUGAACAACUGAACAACUGAACAACUGAACAGUGACGGCAGGAGACGACACGCGACACGCGACAUGUGGACCCGGCAACUAAAGACCGAGCCAGGCGAUCUGCUCCCAGUGCAGAAAUGGCCGCAAAUGGAUCCUCUGGAAAACCCAUACUUCCUGCGUCAGAUAAUCGUUCACCCUUUUAUAUUAACAUUCCAAAUCAUGAUUCUAAACCAAUAGAUCAAUUGGUUAGUUAUUUCAAGUUCUGGAAGAUUUUCAUUAAAUCUUUUAUUUACUACUGUAAAGAAUUGGGAAUGAUUAAAGAAUUUGAUGCCAAUAUCAAUUUUCAAUUAAUUAAUUCGGUUCAGUUUCCUGGUUUUAAAAAUUUACCUUCCAAAUACGUUCAAUUGAUUGAAGACCAACAAAAACAAUAUCAUUCCUUCUUGAAUAAUAAUAGUUCAUCUCCCAAUAAUAGUGGUAGUAACACUCCCAAGAAUGAAUUGAAAAAAACAUUGUCGAAUACUAGUUUAAAUGAAUUGAGUGAUGUUAAAAGACCAGUGCUUUUCAAAACAAAAUCAAAUCAAUCGUUUUUGAAAAAAAAUGAUCAAGAACAGUCUUCAAAUUCUCAUAAGAGAAACGUUUCAAUUACGUCUUUGGCUAAGCAUAGUCCCAGUAAUUCUGAAUCCGGUAAUCAUUUGGAUGAUGUAUUUGUGCCCAAUAAUUUUUUCUCUGAAUUUUCGUUAUUUAACAACUUGGCCCCUUCUUUGAUUAAUCACCAUUACCAAAUAUAUCAAGCACAGAUCAAAUUCCAUCGAGAAUUGGCUACCAAGUUGUUACCUCGUUUAGAAUCUUUACUUAAGAAUUUAAGUAAUAAAAUUAAAGAAAUUAAAUCAACUUUGAAGAAUGAUUCUUUUGCCAACACUCACUUAAUUAAAGAAAUUAGUAAAUCGGGGAAAAUCUUACAUGCGUAUAUGGAAUCAGUAGAAACUUAUUCUUCAAAUAAACCUGUUUUGAAAAAUACUGAUGAAAUAUACGAUGAAGAUGAAGGGGUUCUUGAUGAUCCUUUUUUAUUGAAAUUACAAGUGGAUUAUCAAUUGAAAAAUCAAUUGAUUCAUGAAAAUUAUAUGUUUGCUUCUUAUGUUAAUUUACAAAAUAUUUCUAAAGAAUUAUUAUCUUAUGUUUUAAAAGAAUUGAAUAUUGUGAUUGAUCGUUUGGGUAAAUUGAUUAAUCAAGAAUCAAUCUAUUCAAAUAGCUCCUCUUCAGAUGUUAUGGCUAUUAAUUUAUAUAACAUUUUGAAAAAAACCGUUCCUCAUGGCGCUAAUCCAAAUAAUGAUUGGGAGUUCUUCAUUUCAAAUAAUCCUCAUCUUUUGAAUACUUUCAAACCAACAGAUUCUUCCUCUAAGAAGGAAAUUAGAAAUUUCGGUUCAUUAACAUUACCUUAUGCAAAUUCAAUUCAUAAUAAAUGCCUUAGAUUUGGUAUAAUGUAUAAAAAACUGAAAAUCUUGAAGAAUUAUAAUUCCUAUUACUAUGUUUUAAGUUGCAAUUAUCUUCAUGAAUUCAAAUUUGAUCGGGAAUCGCCUGCUAACACUCCAAACACUCCCGAAAAUAAUGCCACUAGCCUGAAGAAAAAUCGUAAAGAUAAAAUUGGUGGGUUUAUUGGUCAUGAUGAUAUUCCAAUUAAAUCUUAUAAUUUAAACGAAUACCAAAUUAAAAUUAAAGAUGGUAAAAACUUUAAAUUCAUUUUGACCAAAAAUUCAAAUAAAUUUACUUUUAAGUGUAAUAAUGAAAUUGAUUAUAAUAAUUGGUACGGUGAUUUAUUUGAAUUAUUAAAAUUUGGCUCAAAUCAUUUAGAAAGAUUUGAAUUGGUUCAAAGUAAAGUGAGCCAACGAGAAGACGAAAUGGCCAAGAGAAAAGAAUUGAAAAAACAACAAAAAUUACAACAAGUUCAAACUCCAAAUACAAAAUUCCAAUCAAACAAUUCAGUUACCAAUCAACCAACUCAAAUUUCAAGACCUUCUUCUCCAAGACUUUCGGACAAAUCUCAUGAAUUACGUAUCAACUUGAAUAAUUUGUUACCAAGGAAACAACCAAUUCAAUCUCAACAAGCUUCAAAUGGUGAAGAAAGUUUAUCGGGUAUAUUCACUCCAAGAAUUCAUACUCCAAAUGGAAGUGGCUCAGAAGAAGGUAAUCCUUUUGAAAAUACUUUUAGUUACCAAUUACCUUCAAAUACUUCUUCUCCUCAAAUGUCGCCAAAUUUAACUGGAAGUCAACCCUCUUUAUCAAUCCAAACUAAUAACCCAAAUCUUCCAAAUCCUCCAGCCUUAAUUGCAACCUCUCCUGCUGGUACUUCAGGAGCAGUUGAAUUACCUCAUCAAGUUGAACAUGAAAAUUAUUUGAAAAUGCAACAAGAAGCUUUAAAACAACAACAAGAUAUUCUUAAUCUAAAGAUCAAUCAAGUUGAAUCCGGUAAACAAUCUCCUCAAUUCAAAAAUGAAGAUCGUUUCACCACUUCUCCCCCUUCAAUUAAACAACUACUUAAACAAAAUCAUCAUCACCAUCACCAUCAUCAUCGGAAAGCAAGUAAUAAUUCUGAUCUUGCUCUCAGCAACUCUUCAAGAGCCUCCUCCAAUGACUCAAUCAGCUCAAUGAUCCAUCAAUCUUCUUCAAAUAUGCAAAAAAUCAUUAAUAAUAACCAGGGCCUAAUAAAUAACGAUAAUAUUCGUUCUGGUCCAAGCGGUGCUACUUUCCUGUUGAAUAACGAUAGUGAUACUGGUCUUCACAAUACCGAUAACCAAGUCCAGGAUAGUGACUCCAAUAACUCUUCGAGAUCGCAAUCCUACGGUGAAGUGCCUAAAGUUACAGUGAGCCCUGAUUCUUAAUUAAAUAUAUAUAUAUAUAGACUAUGCCAUAUUUAUUUAAAGUAUAUUUAAACGUUAGAG